AGAGAGAGAGAGAGUACAAAACAACAAAAAAACAGACAACGCCUGCUGCCGGUCACAGCACAGAACAAUUAGGAUCCGCUCAUGAACGAACGCAGCUGAAAAGCUCCUCUCUUCACUGUGGGAUUGUUUCUGAGGGACAGUUGUCCGACCUGACAGGGCAGAAUGUCACGCCGGGACCAGAGGUUUCGGAGAGGAACGAAAGGACGGUGUUGUGAAUGUGGCUGCAUCUUGUCUCACUGGUACUAUGAGAAAGAGGGACAGCUCUACUGCAAGAAGCACUACUGGGCCCGCUAUGGAGAGCACUGCCACGGCUGCAAAGACACCAUCGCAACAGGACUCAUCAUGGUGGCUGGAGAGCAGAAGUACCACCCUGAAUGCUUCACAUGUAUGAGCUGUGAAAUGUUCAUUGGAGAUGGAGACAGCUACACACUCGUCGAACGCACAAAACUCUACUGUGGCCAUUGCUUCUGUCCGGGUGAAGUAUCCGCUGAGAGGUCAGCCUCUUCCCUCACCAAGCGUCCACACACGGUGGCGCUGGUGUCUCUCCCUCCCCAUGCUGGACGAGGCCUGUCUGUAGCCACUGACCUCAGCCAGGAGAAAGGCCCUCUUGUCACCGUGACAGGGUUAGACUCCUCCACCCUCAGCCCUGAGCUGCUGUCCUCCGUCCACAUGGGGGACCGGGUUCUGGAGGUAAACGGCAUCCCCGUCCUCAACAUUUCCCCUGACGAGAUAAACUGUGUGAUCCAGGACACAAACCGACCGCUGCAGCUGACCAUUGAACACAACCCACAGUCUCCUGAUGACCCUCCUCUCUCAAACGAUCCCCCGGACAACGUCAGCUGUCCUGAACCGUGUGUCUGUGAAAAACUUUCUUCAACCCAUAAACUCCCAAGUCUAGAGGAAGAGCCGAGUCCAGGGGGGGAGACAGAAGAACCAAUCAGGGUGAGCCUCUCACCACCUCAGCACCAAGGAAUGAGAUCUAGACACAUUCUGCGCAGCUGUAGUAUAGAUAAGUCUCCUCUGUCCCCUGGAGCUCUGUCACUUUUAUCUCAUAGAAGAGAAAUGGUUCGCUCCGAGUCUCUUCGUGCGGACCCUGGAGAUCGGACUCAUCGCAUCUUCCGACCUUCGGACCUCAUCCAUGGAGAAGUGCUUGGCAAGGGCUUCUUUGGACAGGCUGUCAAGGUAACACAUCAGGAGACAGGGGAGGUGAUGGUGAUGAAAGAGUUGAUACGGUUUGAUGAGGAGACGCAGAAGACUUUCUUGAAGGAAGUGAAGGUGAUGCGCUGUAUGGACCAUCCCAAUGUCUUAAAGUUCAUUGGACUGUUUUAUAAAGACAAACGGAUAAACUUUGUCUCUGAAUACAUCCAGGGAGGAACUCUCAGAGAGACCAUCAUUAAAAUGGACAAAGAUUUCCCCUGGAGUGUCAGAGUGGGUUAUGCUAAAGACAUUGCAGCUGGAAUGGCUUAUCUACACUCCAUGAACGUUAUUCACCGAGAUCUUAACUCACACAACUGCCUGGUCAGAGAGAACCAGUCUGUGGUGGUGGCAGACUUUGGACUAGCCAGGCUGGUGAAGGAGGAGAGAAAUCAGAGCAAAACCUCUUCUCUGGAAAGGCCUCCCAAGGGAACACUUUCAGAUCUCCGCAGGCCUGACCGGAGGAAGCGCUACACCGUGGUGGGAAACCCCUAUUGGAUGGCCCCUGAGAUGAUUAGUGGAAAAACCUAUGAUGAACGGGUGGACAUCUUUUCCUUUGGUAUCAUGAUAUGUGAGAUAAUAGGUAGAGUGAACGCUGACCCCGACUACCUUCCCCGGUCAAAUGACUUUGGGCUAAAUGUGUCCGGCUUCCUGCAGCAGUACCACCCUCCUCAGUGCCCCCCCGCCUUCAUGCCGCUGGGUGUGCUUUGCUGUGACAUGGACGCUGAAAAACGUCCUUCCUUUUCAAAGCUGGAGGAGUGGCUGGAGAACCUGCUGAUGCACCUGGACAUCGGGUUGCCUCAGCUCUCUCAGUUAGAGCAGCUCAGCAGAGGCUUCUGGAUGAACCACAACCACCAAAACCAAACUCAGAACCAGGAUAAAUCCCCUGAUUCUCAUGAACAAACCCGGUGCUCACAGACACAAAGACACAGCCCUGACGCCAAGUUACAUUCAGACAAUGCAAAUAACCACACGGAGCCUAAUCACCUCACCGAGAGCCAAAAUCUAAAUAGCACACCUGAGAGACAUUCGGAUGAAGAGCAUGACAACCAUGAGAUGAGACCAGAGGACAACCACUCCUGUUUGAGCAGACAAUGUAAGGAUCACUCACAAGAGAAGAGCAAGACGUGUUGCAAGUCGACGAGCGUAGACUCAGGCGAAAAUGGGACUAAAUCCUCUGAACGGAAUAACCCCUCAGGACAACCAGAAGUCCAGGAGGAGACCUCACAACAGCUGCAGGUCAACACUUCGCUAGGACGCUCUAACAGGCAGAGAAGGACAUGCAGAGUGCUGUGGGACAGAGCUGAAGAGGACAGCUCUUUUCUCUGACUGCUUUUUUUGAUGGCUAAGAUGAAGAAGAGUUUUCAGGAAUACAUUUUUUUUAAAAGACAAUUGUGCCUUUUUAAAAUGACUGGGAAAGUUAUUACAUAGUUUAAGUUAUACAGAGAACCUGCAGAGGCCUAACAUUGCAAGUGUAUGUGAUAUUUUAAAUUAAAAGCAAAACAGAUGUGUAUGUUGAUUCAUGAGAACUGCUAGUGCAUGACUCAUUUUGUUCUGUAAACCAAUGUGAUUUCAACCACAUCCCCACAACACAGGCUUUCGUUCAUAUUUCAGAGUUACAUUUGAACUCAAAAGCAGUAUAUUGUCCGAAAUGUAUUCAAGCACAUGACCGAAAAAGAUUUCUCUCUGGUAGACAAACUACUUAAUGGCAACACAGUUUCUUAGAUAGCCUACCUCAAACAUAACUUUUGCAUUUUUGUGCUACAAAUGUCUCUUUUCUUAAUCACAUGGUUCCUACAGCUUAAGGCAAUUAAGAAUUUGAAAGGCACUCAGAACAAAAUUCCUGACCAACUUUAAAAUAACCAAAACAAGCUGAUGAGAGAUGUGUGAUUGGUGUUUGGUCCUUGUGUUAAGACACCACAUUAUCUCUGUUUUCAGUGUAUGUGAGAUGCAUUGGGAAAAUUAUUUAUAAAUAGAUCAGAGAUUUUAACUCGAAAUGUCUAAAAUAUAUAUUUAUAGUAUCCUACUUACCUUGGCUUUUCAAAGAUUGAUUUUAGAUUAAUUUAAUUCCUUUUCAAAAGUGUUUAAAGACCCUUUGGAACCCUGUUAUCAGAAUACCUUUAUGAUGGCGAUACUAUCUGUGGUCAUCUGAAAUUAUGUGGCCAAAUCAUCCUUUGGGCUCCAGUGAGAAUCUGUGAAACACAUGGCACUUUGUACUAGGGCUGCUCGAUUAUGGCAAAAAUCAUAAUCUAUA